AUGUCCCUAACCAAGUGCCCCCAUAGUGACCCUGGGCUUGACUCUUCAAAUGAUCUUCCCCGGGCCCAUUAUGGUUUACUGUAACUUACAAACAGGCUGAGACCGUCUUUUAUGGGCUAUUUUCAAUGGAAAGCCCAAAAGAGAAAUGCCCAGAAAGAAGAAAAAAAAAAGGAAAGAGUAUUUUCCCGGCGUAAUAUACGGUCUAGAACUCUCACAAUCCAUGUCGCGUCAGGAUAAGUCCCCGCCACUUUUGAAGGUUGUUAAGUAAUAAAUUACGGAGUGAGGGACGAGACGACGCUCAACGAAACAACUCUUCAGUCUAAGUGGAGUGAGUGAGCCCCUGCACCCUGCCUAUAAAGGUUGGCGACGAGGAUUGAUGAUGAUGUUUACGCCAGAGCAUGACUGAGCUCCUGUGAUCGACGAGCGUGGUCUGAACAACCCAGCGCAUUAAAAAGGUCAGGAGACAGUUGACGAAGCAUUAGUGGGUAAGGGCAAAAACACUUUAAUGGCGUGAUUAAGAGAGGGAGGGAGGGGGAAGAUGUGGCUGUGCGCAGGAACAGAGGAAGAAGGUCCUACGAAGAUGGGGGGGCAUGGUCCCAAAAUUUGGGGUCUCGAUGUUUUUAAUAGAAUUAGGGUUGGGGAUUUGGGGGUUGCCAGUUGGGAAACGACGGAGGGCCUUCACUACUCUUACUGCUGGGAGUUGUACCAGAAGAAAGCAAAGCCAGCCUGCCUGGCUGGCCCCUGACACAUAAAUAUUCAACGCUCUACUUUUUCUUCUUCUUCCCACUAUUCUUUUACAGUUUGCUUGACUGAUUGAACGGAGGAGACUUCGUCGGGGCGAGGGGGAGGGAGGGAAGCGGGAUGUGGCUGUUUAAGAAGAAUGGGCCUUCUGGGUUCUCUUCUUCUUCCACUGCCGAGCAAGUCACUUUUGGGAUUGAUGCCUCUUCCCUCACCGCCAUUGUUACAGGUGCAUCCAGUGGGAUUGGUGCUGAAACAGCUCGUGUUCUGGCAGUGAGGGGAGUUAAUGUGAUCAUGGCGGUAAGGAAUAUGGAUUCAGGUAAAAAAAUGAAAGAAGAAAUUGUUAAACAAGCUCCCUCCGCCAAAGUUGAUGCCAUGGAAUUGGACCUCAGCUCUUUGGCCUCCGUCCGGAAAUUUGCCUCAGCUUUCAACUCCUCUGGUCGUCGUCUCAAUCUUCUUAUUAACAAUGCAGGCGUCAUGGCGACCCCCUUCACACUUUCCAAAGACAACACCGAGCUCCAGUUCGCAACUAAUCAUUUGGGUCAUUUUCUCCUCACCAAUCUACUGUUGGAGAAUAUGAAAAAAACUGCUGUCGAAAGUAAGAAGGAAGGAAGGAUUGUAGUGGUCGCGUCAGAGGCUCACCGCGUUACAUAUCCUAAUGGCAUUCGUUUCGAUAAAAUUAAUGACAAGUCAGGAUAUUUUUCUUACCUUGCAUACGGGCAAUCAAAGCUUGCUAAUAUAUUGCACGCAAAUGAGCUUUCCAGACGUUUAAAGGAAGAAGGUGCAAAUGUAACUGCAAAUUCUGUUCAUCCAGGAGUAAUUGCCACCAAUCUUUUCCGCCACAUGACUCUCAUCUCUGUUCCUAUGCUUUCAGGCAUAAUCGAAGCAGUUGGUAAGCUUGCAUUCAAGAAUGUGGAGCAGGGCGCAGCUACAACCUGCUAUGUCGCAUUGCACCCACAGGUGAAAGGGAUAAGCGGCAAGUAUUUCUCAGACUGUAAUUUGUCGAAACCAACUUCCUUGGGGCAGGAUGCUGCCUUGGGAAAGAAGCUGUGGGACUUCAGCAUGGAGUCAGUCAAGUAAUCAUCCAUGAAAAAGCCACAGAUUGUUACAGGACCCUUCAAAAAAUAAAAUUGUAUUUCACGACAAUUAUUUAUAUCCAAUCUCUCCCUUGUUUAUCUUUAUUUUAUAGAAAAGCAUGAAAGAUAGAAACGACUAGUGAAGUAAAUGUCUCGAAGCACCAGAGACUUUCAGCUGACCUCUACAGUUCCAAAUGUAUAUGGUAAUGGAAGUUGCUGGCUUACGAGUAAAAAGUCAAGAUUUUU